AUGAGCCAUAAAGAAAAACAAGAAAAUCAACAAAGUUCGCUGGAACCCGAUAAUGAUGUUGAAAUGCUUGAUUAUGACCCUUCUGACCCUUCUGGAUCGAAUUCUCAAUCAUUUUAUGAAGAUAAUAAGCGACAAAAUGAAGGUUGGAUCAACGGAAAAGAAAUUAUGGAGAGGUUCAUACGAGAAACCCAAUAUCAAACGUUUUAUGAAUUUAAAUGGAUAAAUUAUAAUAGGUUGAAAGACGUCGUGUAUGAUGAAAGCAAAGGAUAUUAUGUAGCACUUUUGAUAGACGAAAAUAUCGAACUUGGACAAAACAAUAACAUUAAAGUUGGGUUGCAAUGCAUCAAAGAGGAGAAACUUUCUGAAGUUCUUUCACAGAUAAAGAAUUAUCUACGGAUUAGAAAUAAUGUUGUUAGAUUGUUUGGAUUUUCCUUAAAUCCGGAAUCAAGUGAAUAUAUUUUAGUUAUGGAAGAUGGGAAAGGCCUGGGACAAUAUUUGAAAGAGAAUAAAUUAGAUUUGAAUAAAAAAUAUAAAAUGAUGAAGGAAAUAGUAAUCGGAUUAAAAAAUAUUCACGAUACAAACAUUAGUUUAGGAUAUUUUAAUUCAAACAAUAUUUUAAUAGACGAUUUUAAUAACGCAAGAAUUUCUAUUUUUAUCAAUUUCAGACAAGGAUCGAAAAUAGUUUAUGUCGCACCCGAGAUUUUAGGGGAUAACAAAGUUAGUCAAACAUCUAAUAUAUAUUCACUUGGAAUGGUUUUAUAUAAUAUUAUUUUUGAAAAAGAACCAUUUUACGAAUUUCCAAGAAGUAUCAAUAAUGAGGAUCGACCACUGUUUAUCAGAGACAUUCCACCUUUACUCAAGGAAUUAAUUACCAAAUGUUGGAACACAGUUCCUUCGGAUCGUCCUACGAUUAAUGAAGUGGUAGAUUUUUUUUCAGACGAAUUCAUAUUUGAUUUUGAUCCCUCCCAUAUCAAACAAAUUGUCAAUCGAGUUGUUUCGUCAGAGCAAACCAGUAAUAUACUUGAGCAAGCAACGAGUUCGGAAAAUUUUCAUAAUACUAGAUAUAAUGAAACCCCUGAACAAGAUUAUAAUUAUCAAGAAAUUGACAAAUCAUUUCAAAACGGAAUCAUUUUUGAUCCCAAUAAGCAUAACAAUAAUAUAUUUUCCGAAAAUUCCAUAUCGAUAUAUAGAUCAUUACCUCAAAAUUAUUUUAAUAAUGAAUUUAACAAUGGUCCAGUUAAUUUUAGUAAUCCUAGGGAUAGAUUAAAUCAUCAAGAUGAUGGAUUUAAAUUUGUUGACGAUGAGUUCAAUAAAAUUGACAAAAGUCAAAUAACUAACAUACGAAAGUUUGAAAAUUGUCAAAGUAAUAUUAGGUCGGCAACGAUGGUAACGGGCAAAGAAGUUAUUAUUAAGAAAUUACAGAAAUUACAAAAUGAAAAAUCGUUAUUGGUACGAAAAAAAUUGAAUUUUUGGACCAAAGCAUGUAGAAAAUCCAACAUUAUUGAAUGUUUAGGAAUAUUUGAAGAUGAAGAUUGCAACGCUUUUUUAAUAAUACCAUUUGCUCUUGAAGGUAAUUUAAGGAGUUAUUUAAAAAACAAAGAAUUUUCUUUAAAGAAAAAGGUUGGCAUUGCAAUAAACAUUGCAGACGGCAUCAAAUUUUUACACAUAAAAGAUAUCAUCCAUGAAAAUUUAGUAAGAAUGGCACAAAUCUCGGACUUGCCAUUACCAUAUGAAAAAAACAAAUCCGUUUUUUUUGAUCAACAAUUUUUUGACAAUAUCGGAUACAUCGAUCCAUCUUCAUUAUUAAAUGAAGAUUUUGAAAAGAAUAAAUCAAUGGAUAUUUAUAGUUUUGGAAGUUUGCUGUGGGAAAUAUUAAGUGGUAAAAUUCCAUAUUCAAAGAAUAAAGACGAAGGUAUUUUAAAAUUGGUUCGCAAGAUCAAAGAAGAUGGCUAUAGAGAACACAAAAUUAUUAAUGCUCCUGAAAAAUAUAUUGAACUUUAUGAGAGUUGUUGGGAUGGGAAGUCGUCAAAUAGGCCAACAAUUGAAAUGGUUUAUGAUAAACUUUUACAUAUUUUAUGA